UAUUUUCAGUGCACUUGGUACAAGGGUAACACUGAACUCAAGAGCAGUAAGACCAUGCACAUUGAGCAAGAAGGUCUUACUCAUCGUUUGGUCAUCCAGUCAGCUACUAUGGGUGAUUCCGGCAAAUACAGCUGCAAAUUUGACAACCAGUCUACUUUCUGUAACCUUACUGUGAAAGGUGUUGAUGACUUUGUUGAGAGGAUCCAAGAUGUUGAGGUCCAGGAAAGAGAACAAGCCAUCCUGCAGGUCGAAGUCAGCAGUGAGAAGGCCACUGUUACCUGGCACAAGGAUGGUGAGGAGAUCACAAGCAAGACAAAUCGCUUUAAACUGGUCAGUGAAAGCAAGAAGAGGAAGCUGAUUCUUACAAGUGCCACCUUGGCUGAUGAGGGUGAAUACACUUGUGUCCUGGGUGACCAGGAAUGUACUGCUGAGCUCACUGUACGAGAACUGCCUGCUGAAAUUGUUAAAAAGAUGAAGGACCAAGUGGUCUCAAAGGGCAACAGAGCCACCAUGGAGGUUGAACUUACAAAGGGUGAUGCUGUCAUUACCUGGUAUAAGGAUGGUCAGGAAAUUCGCUUCUCUGAUCAUUACCAACUCUCCAUUGAUGGCAAGAUCCAGAGGCUAAUGGUGUAUAACUGUCAACUUGAAGACAGUGGAGUUUACCGUGCUGUUGUGGGCAAGAGUGAAUGUUCUGCCUCACUUAAGGUUGAGCUGCAAGCAGAGGGAGACUUCUCUAAAAAUUACCAGCACAGUUAUAAAGAUGUUAAUACAA